AUGAGAGAUAAGUGGAGAAAGAAACGUCAAAGGCGUCUUAAGCGCAAGAGGAGGAAGAUGCGUGCUCGUUCCAAGGGUGAUGCAUGUAUUAUGCAUGACUUGUUGAUGGUGAGUUUGGGUGUGAGUUGUAGAAAGCGUCGAUUUGGAUUGACUAUUGGGCAAAAAUAUCGACUUCGUCAACGGUUGCGAGGUGUAGAUGAAGUCAUCAACACACUUGUUGAUUCAGGUGUCCAAUUACGAGCACUUGAAUUUGCAAAACGGAUCCCAAAGGAAAGCGAUAUGACUCCUUUUGAAAAGUACUGGGUCAAAUCAAAACGAUUCAAGGAUGGAUUCAAGCCAAUUCAUUGGGUUCCUAAAUGGACUCGAGCUCCUCAUCCUCGUACUUGGAGCCCCUCUAUCUAUCAUCAAUCGGUGAUUAAAAAAUAA